AAUUUUUUAACACGAAAAAUUUCAUGUUGACUCCGGAACUGAAUUUUUUUUCCGCGUUCAGAAAUGACUUGAAAAAUCAGAAAAGAGUCAACCUGAAACUUUUCGAGAAAAAUUAACAGAUGUGUUCCUGUUAGAUCAUCAACUUUAUGCCUUACUAUUACCCUAUACUUUACGUAAAUUAUUAGAAAAAUGGUAUUUAAAAACACCUUUGACAGAUGAUGAGAGUGACUUAUUUGGUGAAAUAAGUCAAUUAUUAUUAAAACUAGUUCAAGGUCCGAAUGACGAACCGGAUAAAAUCGAUAAAAUUGGCACAUGGCUAUUAAAUGAGACAUUUAUUGGAGCGAUAGGUUCUUGCGUUCAAGAAAUAGCCAAAACAGGUACACAUUUAUCCGAGCAUAAUCUGGAACAUCUGAAUACACUAUUGGAAGCACUAACAAGUUUCCAAGGUAGACGAAAAUCAAUUAUGGAUAAUUCAGCAAUGUUACUGUUACUUGAAUCCGUUGUUGCAUGUUUAGCAUCGUCCUAUUAUACUGAUACAUUUCUUAUACUUCGACCAGAAGCCAUAAUGUUAACGAAAUCUGAAGUAUUUUUAUUGAUAACAUGUGUCUAUACUUCUGUCUCAAGUUGCAAAGUCUAUAGUUCUGAUAUAUUCUCAACUAUAUAUAUCAGAGGAUCCUGA